CUUGGUUUCCAUUUCAACUUUGUUUCAAGCUCAUUCCUCUUUUUCUUGUUUUCUAGUUUUUCGUUCACACACUUACAAGCCAACAUGGUCGCGCCAGUGGACAAGAAGGAAGUGGCCGUGAACCCCGUCAGCUCGGACGAUCCUGCUGCCAGCAAGAAGGCGCCCGCCAAGCCAGCGCCGGUCGAGCUGUCCGAGGAGGACAAGCAGCUCAAGGAGGAGCUCGAAAUGCUCGUUCAGCGUCUCAAGGACCCAGACACGGCAUUGCACGGUCCCGCUCUCGAAGCCCUGCGAACGCAGAUUCGCUCGGCGACCUCGUCCAUGACCUCUGUGCCCAAGCCGCUCAAAUUCCUGCGCGACCAUUACGCAGAGCUCAAGUCCAUCCACACGGCCACCGCCGAAUCGGCCAACAAGCGCGUGCUCGCAGACAUCAUCUCGGUGCUCGCAAUGACCUCGUCCGAGGAAGGCUCUCGUGAUUCGCUCCACUUCAAGCUGAUUGGCUCUGGCGAGGAGUUGGGCUCGUGGGGCCACGAGUACGUGCGCCACCUUGCCGGCGAGAUUGGCGUCGAGUACGAGGCUCGCAACGAUGCAGACGAGUCCACGGACGAUCUUGUUGCGCUCGCCAAGGAGAUUGUGCCGUUCAACAUGAAGCACAACGCUGAAGCUGAAGCGUGCGAUUUGCUCAUGGAAAUUGAGCGCCUCGACUUGCUCUCGCAGUACGUCGACGAACAAGCCUACCAACGCGUUUGCUUGUACCUUGUGAGCUGCGUCACCUAUGUUCCCGAGCCCGAGGACGCUGCGCUCCUGCGCACUGCGCUUGAAAUUUUCCGCAAGUUUGAGCGCUAUCCUGCUGCUCUUCGUCUCGCGGCACAGCUGAAUGAUCUGGCGUUGAUUAAGGAGGUGUAUGAAUCCUGCCCCGAUAGCGCUGUCAAGAAGCAGCUGGCUCUCAUUCUUGGUCGCCAUCACAUUUUCAUCGAGGGUGGCUCAAUUGAGCUGAACGAUCUUAUUUCAAACACCAACCUGAGCAGCCACUUCCUCUCGCUGGCACGCGAGCUCGAUAUUAUGGAUCCCAAGACCCCCGAAGAUAUUUACAAGUCUCAUCUUGAGCCUUCGCGUGGCGCUGGCUUUGGCGCGGGCGUGGAUUCGGCUCGCCAAAAUCUCGCUUCCACCUUUGUCAACGCGUUUGUCAAUGCUGGCUUUGGAGUCGACAAGCUGUUGACCGAUGACGGCCACAAGUGGAUUUACAAGAACAAGGAGCACGGCAUGAUGUCGGCUGCCGCGUCUCUCGGCAUGCUGUACGCAUGGGAUGUUGAUGGCGGUCUUGCACAGAUUGACAAGUAUCUCUACACGGAGGACGAGUACAUUAAGGCUGGUGCGCUGCUGGCAUGCGGUAUUGUCAACACUGGUGUGCGCAACGAGGCCGAUCCCGCACUCGCCCUGUUGAGCGACUACCUGACCGACAAGAAGAACAUUGUUCGCACCGGCGCAAUCAUGGGCUUUGGCCUUGCGUAUGCUGGCUCGGCUCGCGCCGAGUUUGUCGACCUGCUCACCCCGGCUCUGAACGACACCCAGUCGUCCAUGGAAGUGGUUGGCGUGGCAGCUCUUGCGCUGGGCCUGAUUUUCGUCGGCACCUGCGACGGCGAGGUCACCUCGGCCAUUCUCCAGACCAUGAUGGAGCGCACCGAUGCCCAGCUCCAAGACACGUAUGCGCGCUUCCUUGCUGUCGGUUUGGGUCUCACCUGCCUCGGCAAGCAGGAGGCUGCCGACGCGACUCUGGCUGCCUUGCAGGCCGUCCCGCCGCCGUUUGGCCGCCUCGCCCAAGUCCUCGUCGAAGCUUGCGCGUACACUGGCACCGGCAACGUUCUCAAGGUUCAGAGCAUGCUCCACAUUUGCAGCGAGCACUUUGACAAGGAGAAGAAGCAGGACGACACGCACCAGUCCAUUGCCGUGUUGGCCAUUGCUUUGAUUGCCAUGGGCGAGGAUAUUGGCUCGGAAAUGGCCCUGCAAACAAUGAACCAUCUUUUGCAAUACGGCGAACCCGUCAUUCGUCGAUCCGUGCCUGUUGCUCUUGCGCUAUUGUGCGUGUCCAACCCCAAGCUGACGGUUCUCGACACGCUCUCCAAGCUUUCGCACGACAACGACCUCGAGGUCGCGGCAAGCUCCAUCUUUGGCAUGGGUCUUGUUGGCGCGGGCACGAACAACUCUCGCAUUGCAGCCAUGCUUCGCGGUCUUGCCUCCUUCUACCAAAAGGAGCCCAACCAGUUGUUCAUGGUGCGCAUCGCACAAGGUCUUUUGCACUUUGGCAAGGGCACCAUGUCACUGAGCCCGUAUCAUUCCGAUCGCUCCGCCCUGUCCCCUGUUGCUGCCGGUGGUCUGAUUGCCGUUCUUGUUUCGUGCCUGGAUGCCACCAACGUGCUUCUUGGCAAGUCGCACUACUUCCUCUAUUACCUGGUCACCGCCAUGCAUCCCCGAAUGCUCAUGACCUUUGACGAAAACAUGAAGCCCCUGCCCGUCACUGUGCGCGUCGGCCAGGCUGUUGAUGUGGUUGGGCAAGCUGGCAAGCCAAAGACCAUCACCGGUUUCCAAACUCACACCACACCCGUAUUGCUUGCUUAUGGCGAGCGUGCUGAGGUUGCCACUGAAGAAUAUAUUCCGCUUUCCAGUUUGAUGGAAGGUCUUGUUAUUCUUCGCAAAAAUCCCGACUAUGUUGCCGCAGCGCCCGAAGAAGACAAGUCAAGCAAGUACAGCAGUUCGGGAUGAUUUUUUUUUUUGGUUUUUUUGUGAGAGUGUGUGUGUGUACUUUUCUCUGGUUAUGCCCGCUGCUCUGUGCCAUCCAUUUCGUUGUAGUGUGCGUAAACGCUUUGCUG